AUGCAAACUAUAAAGUGUGUCGUAGUUGGAGACGGUGCUGUCGGAAAGACAUGCCUAUUGAUCUCAUACACUACAAGUAAAUUCCCAGCUGAUUACGUACCAACAGUAUUUGACAACUAUGCCGUAACGGUCAUGAUUGGUGACGAACCAUUUACGUUGGGAUUAUUCGAUACUGCUGGACAAGAAGAUUAUGAUAGAUUGAGACCAUUAUCAUACCCUUCAACAGAUGUUUUCUUAGUAUGUUUCUCAGUUAUUGCCCCUGCAUCAUUUGAGAAUGUCAAAGAAAAAUGGUUUCCAGAAGUGCACCAUCAUUGCCCAGGUGUGCCUUGCUUAAUUGUCGGUACCCAGACAGAUUUAAGAAACGACGAAGUAAUUUUACAGAGAUUGCAAAGACAAAAAUUGUCACCCAUUACUAGCGAUAUGGGUGAAAGACUAGCUAAAGAAUUAAGAGCAGUAAAGUAUGUCGAGUGUUCUGCAUUGACACAAAGGGGUUUGAAAACUGUCUUUGAUGAAGCCAUUGUGGCUGCUCUUGAACCUCCAGUCAUCAAAAAGUCGAAGAAGUGUAUUAUUUUGUGA